CACGAUCGCCGCUGACCAUUUACUCGUAAGCUCUCCAGCGAACAGGACGGUCCAUUUUUCUGUCUCUCCGACUCCCGCGUCCGGGGCAUCCUUUUUCGUACGACAUCCAACGUGUUUUUGUGUCUGUGUGGUGCAUUCAACUUCGGUUCUUGCGAUCGCGAACGGGUGUGUUUGUGUGUUUGGCAAAAGCGCUUAAAGGAAACGAAUUGUCGUUGGUGAUCGUCUUGAGAAGGAGUUUCGCGUGGAAAGUGCCCCCCCCCCGAAAAUGAUGAAGCUAACCGUGUUGAGCUGUUUGGUGGUGGUCGUCCUCAUGAUUCAUGCAGGAGAUGCCCUUCCCGAUAAGCAUAAAGAUUAUCUUAAAAAGGGUGGCUACGUGCCCGUCUACAUUCGGCAUGGCGAUCAACCGUUGGCCUCGAUCAGUCCGGAGCUGGCUGCCGCUUUCCAGGAAAGUGCUGGCCGUACAUCCCGUGGCAAGCUGAUACAGGAGCUGAACCGCCCGGUAAGGUUCUCAUCGGAAUCGAGUAGCGACGAGGAGUUACGGAAUGACAUCACAGCCAAACCACGACCGAAGGUGGACUCGAUCAGCAGUGAGAGCAACUCCAACUCGGAUGAAUCGAUCUCAUCGGAGAAGGAAGCCAAGGAAGCGAUCCAAAAGUUGCUGAAACAGAUGCACAAACUGAACAAGGCAACGGUCAAAGCUAACAAAGUGUAAACCUUACCGCCAUGUGAUGACGAUUGGAGUUCCACCGAGUUAUUAGCUAUAGUACCGAACAUGCUGACAUGCUCUGUUGCCACUGCCAAGCUGUCACUGCCACCAUCUUACUAGCGGGUAAAUGAAAUGAUAAAUUACUUACUGUGAAAACCGUGAAUUCUCAUUUAAAAAUAGAUUAAAUAAAGUUUUGAAAUCAGGCCA